AUGGGGUCUUCUCGGCCGCCUUUCAUGUACCAGCCCGUCAACAGGGACGACGAGCGAUUUCCACCCACGAAAUUCGACCCCAAGGCAGUGACUCGGGCGAGCUAUGAGUCCAAGAAGCCCAAGCCAAAACCCAAUGGCCCGCUUGUCUCGUUCAAUCGUCAUCCCGAUGCCCACAUGGUGCCCAGCGGCCGGUCUCAGUUCCACCCCCUGAGCCGCAGAACCACGGGCUGGAUCAAGGCCAUGCGCGUUGUGCAGGUGUGUCUCAGGGUCGUCCAGAUCACUGCCGCCAUCGGCCUCAUCGCCGCCGUGGCCGUAGCGGGCCUGAUGGGAUGGAUCAUGGCCGUGACGCUCGGCCUCGUCAUUCUCCAUGCUGGCUACAGCGUCUUCCACCAUUUCCAGCCAGCGGGCGCCCGCACGCCGGGCUCCUCGGCGGCGUACCAGGCCUUCUCCAGCAUCUCCGACUUCUGCGUUCUUCCUCUGUACGCCUAUGGCGCCGUCAUGACCAGGAACAAGAAUGAAGAAUGGAAGACGGCCGCGCCUGAAGAUCGCCCCGCGGACCCGGAUGUCACGAAGUACAUGGUGCCCUCCAUCUUCUACGGCCUGGUUGGCGCCGGUGGCCUGCACCUCCUCUCGUUGGCCAUCUCCCUGUGGUUGGCUCUCAUGUUCCUGCGCAUCGCCAAGAUGCCCCCAGACAUGAACCCCCUGGAGGCCAACCUCACCUCGCGCGCCCACAAGCGGAACAAGUCGUCGGUCGCCACCACCUCGACUGAUUCGACCUACUCGGACGAGAAGCCCGGCACGAUCCUGUACGACGACGACAGCUCCCGUCCGCCCCCGAUCCCCUUCAUGCACACUCGCCAGGGCUCCGACGCGUCCUCGGCUUCCCACAACUCCCGCCUGAACCUCCCCAGCCGCCAGUACCAGAUCCCCGCCGGCAAUCGAAGCUCAGCCACCACCUCGCGGGACUUCAAGCGCAUGUCCGCCCCCCCCUCCUCGCACCGCGCCUCCUACACCGAGAUCCCCCUCGGCGAGACGGGCUCCUCCUCCGUCACCUCCUGCCCCACCUCCACGCACGCGUCCCGCCCAAGCACCGGCUCCGUCCCUUCCUACCGCGCCGAGGCCGUCUCCCCGGCCCAGACGGCCCAGACGGCCCAGACGAACCAGCCACGCCCCGCCAAGUUCACCGAGACCUGGUACGCCUCGGAAUCGCUCAUCAACCGCACCCAGCAGCGCAACCGCGCCGUCUACGCCUCCCUCGACGUCUCCGACGACGACUCUUCGGACUCGGAGAACGAGGCAAACUACACCGCGUCUCCUCGGCCGACGACGAAGACGACGACGACGACGACCGACGAAAACCGUCACCCCAACCCCCUCCGUUCCAACCCGAUCAUCACCACCAGCACUCCGCCCGCCUCCAAGCCGGCGUCCAAGAAAGAAGGCGCCGCCGCCACCCCGCGCCGGCCCCGGACCCCCUUCUCCCGCCUGCGCGCCUCCGUCCUCUCCACCAUCUCCCUCAACGACCGCCGCGUCUCGGGCAGCCAGGACAUCACCGACCAACAGCAACAACAACAAAAAGAAGAACGACAACGACGACGACGACGGGAAUGGGAGCCGCGCAACCGCGACAGCUCCAUCCAGCCCGACGCCGACUUCUUUUACGCAAAGCCCUACGGCGAGCUCAUUGCCGCUACCCCGCCCAUCUUUGUUGGCGGCGGCGGCGGCGGCGGUGGGAAGGAGAAAGAUGCAGAUGCCCGGUGUAACCGGGUGGUGUCGUCGGGGAACGAUUACGACUUGGGCAGCGGCGGGGCCAUCGGGAGCCGGAACGUGAGCGGCAAGGUUGCCGAGGAAGGCAUGGCGGGGGCCAGGUGGUCGAGGUACGCGGCUCUGAAUUGA